AUGGCUGGUCCUCCUACCAACAAUAAGCGCCUCAUGCGCAGCAAGUUCCAGAAGCCCAUGAAACGACAAAGGCGUGAGCGACGUGUGCAAAAGGAAUACCACAGCGGCUCAGAGGAUGAGGACGAGGACGAGGGCGACGAGCAGCAGCAGCAAGACUUUGACGCUGUCAACCUGCUCGACUCGGACGACGAUAUUCACAAUGCCAAAGCCGACGACGUCGGCGGGGACGAUGGCAGCGACAAUUCGAGUUCAGAAGAGGAAGCCCCGCCGAAAGAGGCCCGGGUCGCCAAAGGCAGCGCAAAAGUCAAGGCCAAAAUGCCCAAGAAGCUAGCUACAGAUGACAACAGCGAUGUCGAGCAGGCCUUGCCCGAGGCAGAAGACAAUGACGAAGACGACGACGACGAUGAAGAUGACGAGGACAUGAAUGACGAAUUUGACCUGGACGACGACGAUGAGGAAGGCGGCUCCAGAAAACCCAAGAAGCGCAACGACCCCGCCGCCUUUGCCACAUCGCUGUCCAAGAUUCUGUCCACCAAGCUGUCAUCGUCGAAGCGCGCCGACCCGGUCCUGGCGCGCAGCGCCGCGGCGCACGCGUCGUCGCGGGCGGUCGUCGAGAGCGCGCUUGAGGCCAAGGCGAAGCGGCAGCUGUGGGAGCACAAGCGCAAGGCGCAGGAAAAGGGCCGCGUGCGUGACGUGCUCGUGGCCACGGCGGCCGUGCCGGAGACGACAACGUCGGACAUACUGGCGGCCGAGGGCAAGCUGCGCAAGACGGCGCAGCGGGGUGUCGUCAAAAUGUUCAACGCCGUGCGCGCGGCGCAGGUCAAGUCGGGCGAGGCGGAGCGCGCGACGAGGCAGGCCGGCGUGCUCGGCAUGGGGCGUCGCGAGGAAAAGGUCAAUGAGAUGAGCAAAAAGGGCUUCCUGGACCUGUUGGCGUCGGGGGGUCAGGCGCUCAAGAAGAGCGCGAGUGCGAUUGAGGAGGCGUAG